AGCCGUGGUUGGCCUCAAAGAUUUCAUCCAAGAGUGGCCUCAAGUUGUUGUCCUGAUCAGAUGGCCAAGUUUGUCUGAUGGAAAAAAAAUUGUCCUAAUUUCACAUUGGAUCCUGUGGUGUACAGUAGAUUUGAUUCUAUGCGUGGAUUGAUUCUAGAGUCAAAAAAUUUCUAGCUAGUUGAAGGUGAUCUUUCAUUGGACGAGAAGUUGUUUCACAUUUAGGAUACAAAAUGGGGGACGAGCCAGUACGCGGCCAAUGGGGCAAACAGAUCGAAUUUGUGCUGACCAUGAUUGGCUAUGCUGUCGGUCUGGGCAACGUCUGGAGGUUUCCUUACCUGUGCUUCAAGAACGGUGGGGGUGCCUUCCUCAUCCCGUACACGCUGUCUCUCAUCUUCCUGGGGAUCCCGCUCUUUGCGCUUGAGUGCGCAUUCGGCCAAUAUGGCGGCAAGGGUCCGCUCAGUAUAUGGUCCAUUAACCCAACGUUCAAGGGUCUGGGUGUGUCCAUGGUUGUCGCCUCCUGUUUUGUCUUCAUCUACUAUGACGUCAUCAUCGCCUGGGGCCUGAGGUUCCUGGUGGCCUCUCUGACGUCAGACCUGCCCUGGAUCGCCUGCAAGGACUGCUCGUGUCUGCUCUACAACGUCCAGAACCUGACGGAGGCCGACGUCGAGAUGCUCAAGACCAACAACUCCAUCGGCGUGCCCUGUCCCGAUCUCUCACUCAACAUGACGGCAGACUCGCCCAGUGAACUUUACUACUACAAGCACAUCCUACAUGACUCUGGGACCAUAGAGGAGAUCGGCGACGUUCAGUGGGAGCUGCUUGUUUGUAACUUGGUCGCCUUCGUCAUCAUCUUCUUGGUGCUGCUUAAAGGGAUAGAGUCGUUGGGCAAGGUCGUCUACUUCACCGCCACCUUCCCCUACAUCCUGCUCACCAUCCUGCUGGUCAGAUGCGCCAUGCUGGACGGCGCCUACGAGGGGGUCAAAUUUUACCUGACCCCAAACUGGGAUCGUCUCACAGACGCUACGGCCUGGAGCGACUCGGCGGUUCAAAUCUUUUUCUCACUCAGCUGUUGCAUGGGUGGUCUAGUAGCCAUGUCCAGCUACAACCGCUUUCAGAACAACAUCAUCAGAGACGCCUUUGUGGUGCCUAUCGUCAACUGCUGCACAAGCUUCUACGCGGGUUUUGUCGUCUUCUCCACCCUGGGCUACAUGGCGAAGAUCAAGAACGUCCCCAUUGAGAAGGUCACGGCCGGUGGACCUGGUCUGGCAUUCAUCGUGUACCCAGAGGCCAUCGGCAGUAUGCCAGUGUCCACUCUCUGGGCCAUCCUCUUCUUCUUCAUGUUGUGUAUCCUGGGCUUCAGUACACAAUUCUCAGCAGCCGAGACCAUCAUGACGGCCAUCAUCGACGAGUUUCCCGCCUUCUUCAGAACGAGGAAGCGACAGCUGCUGUUCCGUGUCUUCGUCUGCCUGUCAGGCUUCGUGCUGGGCAUCCCCAUGGUAACCAAUGGCGGCUCCCACCUGCUGAACCUGGUGGACGAGGCGGUGCUAGGCUUCCCCCUGCUGCUCAUUGGCCUGUUUGAGUACAUCGUCAUCAUCUAUCUGUACGGUUAUGGCAAGUUUGCUGAAGAUGUCAAGGCCAUGCUUGGGUUCAACCCCUUUGUUUAUUUCAAAGCAACCUGGAUAGUCAUCUCCCCUUUGUUGCUACUUGCUGUAGUGGUGUUUAAAGCCUACCAAAUGGAGGACAUGAAACCCGCCUGGUCUGGCCUGCUGUACUACCUGAUGGUUGUUUUCACAAUGAUGUGGAUCCCUAUUAUGUUUUUUUAUUACUCGUGGCGACACGGCUUAAAAGAGAUCAUGAAACCAAAACAGAGCUGGAUCGACCGGCGGAAGUUGGGUGACGUCACCCAGGACAUGGAGGUCGGUGACCCGGAUAAAGAGGACCCGGACAAAGAGGACCCGUCCCUGAACACGAGCCAGUAUGACGUCAUCGAGAAGCACGCGCUGGACAACGGGUACUCUCUGACCGUCGAGAAGCCCCCACAUCCGGUCGACCUCUCCGGCAAAACCGGUUUGCCGGCUUACGUGUCGGAGACGACAGAGAAGUACGGCAUGGACAACGUGGGGUACGAGCCGGACGGCAGCCCCACCCCCCGGGAAAACGGGGUGACAAAAACCAAGUUGUAGCCAGGCCUGGUCGUCUUCCCUGGUUGGUGACAGUCGGACAUCCUGGUCACGUGGUGUCACUGACGUCACUGGUGUCCCGUGUACGUAAAAAUCACCAGCUCUUGACGUGCGAACACGCAGGCACCAAACCACGUUAACGGUGUCCUGUCAUGCCGUGCCAACCUUGCUGUUUGAUAUUUUGUCUUUUAGUGAAACACAAAAACUUAUUUAACUCAUUGGUCCGAAAUUUUUUAAUCAAAUGUCAUAAUGUCAGUGAUGCUUGACAUCUUAAAAAAAGUGGGAAAAAAUAUUAAUGAUGUCAUGUCAUUUUGAUAAUAAUAUGAAAGUCAGUGAAUUCACAUAGUUUAAUAUUUAGAAUUAGUUUAUUUUAUAUGGUUGAUACCAAAUGUGAAUGAACAAAAGAAAGUUUUAAUACAAGAGAACAAACAUUUUAGCAUACAGGAACAGUGUAGAGAACUAGCCCGAAAGAUGCCGGUUUUGUAUUACUUUAUUUUUUAUGUCUGUAAAUAUUUAUAUCGCAUAAUUAUUUCACAUUUUUGAGCAACUUUUUAAAUUGCUUGAAAUAUCCAACUUUUUUAAAGCUGUGUGUGUUCUAAACCUGUUCGAAAACAUUCCAAACAUGUUGCCUUACACACAGUAGUAUGUAGCUGUAUGCAGCACACUAGAUGGUUACACAGCACAGCCUGUGUGUUUGUUUACAUUAGACACGGCGGGGUCAUCUUGUUACAUCUCGCUAGGGAGAACUACUCGCUAAGGGACGUAACUCAAUAGGACUAACUUGAUUCAUCAGUA